CAUAAACAAUAAAUAUAGAGAAUACUUUUGCUGCGAUUGUUCAGUGAAAAAUUAGCGAAUACAAAAGUUUAAUUUACAAAAUGAAUAUUUUGAAUGAUAAUAUUGAAAUGGAAGUCCAUGAUAGCGAUGGACGUUUACCAUCUAAUCCGAAAAAGAAAAGCAUAGAAGAUUCCCGUACAGAGAUGAAAAAUGCUCUCAUGCAACUAAGAGCUUUGGCGGGACGGAAUAGCAAAAGAAUUGCUGAUGAAAAGAGAAAAAGAGAAUCGUCUUUUAUUGCCGCCGAUGAAAUACUGGGAAUAAACGAAGAACCAUCAGUAUCAAAUAAUAAAGAAAAAGUAUUGGAUAAAGAAGCGAAUGGAAACAAAGAGACGUCAGCAAUUGGAAAUGGAUCUUCAAACAAAGGCGAAUCCAUCGAUGAAGACNCAUUAUACAAAUACAGAACUUCAGAAAGUUUCGCCUUUUCUACAUAG